AUGACUGAUCCCAAUUCCUUAUCACAAAGAUUUCGACACAGGGCAGGAACUUCAGCAAAAAAUGCUGUCGAUUCUGCAACGUCUAGUAACGAUGGCAUACGACGUUUAGCCAUCAAUCCAAGUGGCGUUCUUGGUUCUUUCUAUGAUGCAACAAUAGAUCAAAUACUUCUAGAUAAGUUUUUGCAAUUAGGUCAAACUCCGAUAAAUACCAUACCACUUAAGGAACCCCCACUAUGUCGACUGAUGGACAUAGAUACAUUUGAUAUUCAAGCACUAUUUCAUGAAAUUGGUAUUCACGAUGAAUUAUGGUUAGAUGUUACAUUAAAUAAUCUAACAGAAUUAGGAAUGCAUUCAUUAGUUAAUUAUCCAUUGCCAAACGAUAAAAAGUCUCGAUUUCUUUACUAUCGUCAUUCAAGUCAGCGUAAUUUGGUUGUUUCAGCUGCAACUGUAGUUAGCAAGUAUAUUCCAAAAGAGAUACCUACAAUUGAUGCAACUCACAUUAUCUCUGAAAUCAUAGUGGGAGUUCAAGUUCUUGUUGUAUUACAAUUACCGUCCUCUAAUGAAAUCUCUGCAGAUAAAUUGCUCAAAAAAAUGUGUGAUAGAUUAAUUAAAAAUAAGUUUGAAUUGAAAAUAGACGAGCAAAAUUCUCUUAGUCGAAUCAAGGUUACCCAAGUCUUUUCGAAUAUACUUGAUCUAAUGGAAACGAACGACUUAGCUAGAAUAUACGAAUUAAUAACUAGAAAAAAGCCACAUAUUCGUUGUCAACUUCCAUUGGAAUAUAGUCUUCAUGACAUCAAAUGGUUUUACCCUAAUGUUUCUACCAAAAAACGCGAAUUUAUUUUACUUAAACCCUCAUUCCAAAAAAAGAUUAAAGAAUGUUUACUUUACUUAUCAUCUGAAACGAAAAAAUUAGCAAAAAAGAAUACGCAGACAACAAAUCAACCAGACAUUGAACGAAUUCGUAAGUUGGUUGUUAAUGUGCGGGCCGGAAUUUGGUCGCAUGAAGAAGGUACGGCAAUUCUCAAGAAAAUAUCUGAUGAAUUAUUCCAAGACGAAGCUAAUCUUCCUGCAAACCGAUCUCAAAUAUUUCCAGAAAAUAAAAACUACUCUAGUGAUCUCGAACAAAAGGAUAGCGAAGAUACAAGUAUUUCAAAUAAACAACUUAACAACAUCGACAGACCAACCAUACCAUUGAAAUCGCAAAUAUCGUCAAAUAAAAACCACGUUUCUGCAUCAAAUGAAGGGUCAACAAAGGAGCAAAAGCAAACGAAUGCACCCAGAACGUCAUCAAUAAGCGAAAAAACUGAUGAAUCGUUGAGAAAUACGAUGGAAAUCUCAACGAAUCGGUUUCAGGUAGCUCCAAAUGAUCAAUAUCCUGCUAGAAAUUUGGAGCAAAAUGACACCGAGGCUUCACUUAUAGAUAAUAAACUGUUGAACAGCAUCGAGAAAAAAGAAACACGAUUAAAAUCAGCAGGAUUAACAAAGGAAAAGGAUGGUUCUGCACCAAAUAAAGAGUUGAAAAAGGAACCAAAACAGACCAGCUUAUCCAAUACAUCGCCAUCACGUAUUUCAGAAACUGCACAAUCACCAAAAGAGCAGUCAAACAACAAUACAGACUCAUUGAGUUCACCAAUGGAACAUCGUGCCGAUGACGUCCCAUCGCAAUCAACUUCUAAUUUUAUUAAUGUUCUUCUUCUAGGCGAAUCUGGUGUAGGUAAAUCAACAUUUAUCAAUGCUUUUGUU